AUUCCGAUGCAGACAUUUGCUUUGUGAAAGCUCUUCCAACAGUUAAAUAUUUUUCUGUUUUCAAAAUAGACCUUGAAGUCUUAUUCGGCACAACAAUAUUUUAUAAAAUUAAAAAGUGAAUCAAUUAUUUUUUUGAAAUUUGCUUUGCAUUUUCUCUUACAUAAUGGGUAAAAGAAAAGCUACGAACAAUACAAAUAAUUCUAAUCAAGAUUUGUGCGAUUUUUUGUUGGAACUAGCAGAUUUUGAACGUAAUGUCAGUAAGAAUGUUUACAAAUACAACGCAUAUCGUAAAGCAGCUGGGACAUUAAGCACAUUACCAGAGAGAGUUAAGAGCGGGGACGAAGCAAAAAAAUUACCUGGUAUAGGAGUAAAAAUCGCAAAGAAGAUAGAUGAAUUUCUUCAAACUGGAAAGCUGCAAAAACUUGAAGAUAUUAAAAAAGAUGAAAAUAAUGUUGCUAUCAGUUUAUUGGCUCGAAUAUCUGGCAUAGGUCCUGCUAAGGCCAAAGAAUUAGUAGAUGCUGGUAUCAAAACAUUGGAAGACCUUAAGAAACAUCAAAACAAGCUCACACAUCAUCAAAAGCUGGGAUUGAAAUAUUUUGAUGACUUUGAGAAGAAAAUACCCAGAGCAGAAAUUGUACAAAUAGAGAGUAUACUAAAAGAUGCUAUCAAAGAAUUAAAUCGUGAUUAUCUUGUAACUAUUUGUGGAAGUUAUAGAAGAGGCAAAGAAGAAAGUGGAGAUAUUGAUGUUCUCAUAACACAUCCUGAUUACACAUCAAAAAUAAAAGAUGUGAAAAAGAAAACUAUAUCAUUGAAAACAAUUGUUGAAUAUCUUGAAAAGAAAAAAUUGAUUAUAGAUACAAUAUCUCUUGGAUCCAGUAAAUUCAUGGGAGUGUGUCAAUUACCGGAGAAUAAACAUAAACCUUUUAGAAGAUUGGACAUACGAUUGACAUUUUAUGAUCAAUAUUAUUGUGCCAUAUUGUAUUUCACAGGAAGUGAUUUAUUCAACCAAAAUAUGAGAGCACAUGCAUUAGAGAAAAAAUACACGUUGAAUGAAUACGCACUCAAGCCUCUUACAAUUGAAGGUUGUCCAGGAGAACCUGAAAAAAUUACAUGUGAAGAAGAUAUUUUUAAGAUCUUAGGUUUGCCCUAUAAGGAUCCAAAAGACAGAAAUGUAUAAAUGAUAAGAUAUUCCUAUAAGGAUAAUAAUGUAUUAUUGCACAAAUUAUUUGCUGUAUCAUUUGUUUCAUAUAUUAUUUAUACUGUAUAAUUCAACAUUUAUUGUAAAUAAUGAUAUAAUAAUUUAAUUCUUUAUGAAAAUUAUUGUU